GGCCCGGGCGAUCCAGCCAGGGAACCAUAGGCAGCGCACAGGCCUCUGGGAAACCACCUUUUCCUCCUCCUCUUCCUCUUCCUCCUCCUCUUCCUCCACUUUCGAAUAUUUUCCCGCCUUGCAUUCUUAGCCGUCUAAGCAGCCUCCUAUGCACUUCGCGUAAUGAAUGGAGGCGGUGACUUUCAAGGAUGUGGCUGUGGACUUCACCAGGGAGGAGUGGCGCCUCCUGGCUCCUCCCCAGAAGGAGCUGUACAAGGAGGUGAUGCUGGAGAAUGUCUGGAACCUGCUCUCUGUGGGGCUUCCAGCUCCCCCAGAAGAUAUGAUCUCUUCUUUGGAGCAGAGGGAAGCCCCAUGGAUGCUGGAGCAGGAAGGCCUGAGGACCUGCUGCCUAGAAGGUGAGAUCAGACCUGAUAUGAAGGUGACUCCAACAGAAGUGAGCUUUUCUGUGGAAGAAACUGAGAAACAAAAAUUCAUGAGUGAUGGUCCAGAUAACUUAACUUGGAGAGAAUUCUGUAUUCAAUCUCAAAAUUCAUCUGUUCCUGAACAUCAAAAAAUGAACUCUGAGGAGUCUCAUGAAUGUAAUCAGUAUGCAAAGACUUUUAAGCACAGGGCCAGUCUUGCUGGAUAUCAGAGAAUCCACACUGGGAAGAAACCUUAUGAAUGCAAGCAAUGUGGAGAGACAUUCAGUCAAAAGUUUCAGCUUGCUGGACAUCAGAGAAUUCACAGUGGAGAGAAACCUUAUAAAUGCAAGCAAUGUGGAAAGACAUUCAGGGAGAACUCCCAUCUUGCUCAACAUCAGAGAAUCCACAGUGGGGCGAAACCUUAUGAAUGCAAACAAUGUGGAAAGACAUUCAGUCAGAUCUCCAGCUUUGCUGUGCAUCAGAGAGUCCACACUGGGGAGAAACCUUUUGAAUGCAAUCAAUGUAGAAAGACAUUCAUUUGCAGCUCCAAUCUUGCUGUACAUCAGAGAGUCCACACUGGGGAGAAACCUUUUGAGUGCAAACAGUGUCGAAAGACAUUCAGUCAGAGCUCCAAUCUUGCUCAACAUCAGAGAAUCCACACUGGGGAGAAAUCUUACGAAUGCAAACAAUGUGGAAAGACAUUCAGACUGAGAUUUGAUCUUGUUAAACAUCAGAGAAUUCACACUGAAGAGAAACCUUAUGAAUGCAAGCAAUGUGGAAAGACAUUCAGUCAGAGCUCUAAUCUUGCUGUACAUCAGAGAGUCCACACUGGGGAGAAACCAUAUGAAUGCAAUCAAUGUCAAAAGACAUUUAGUUGCAGCUCCAAUCUUACAGUACAUCAGAGAGUUCACACUGGUGAGAAACCUUAUGAAUGCAAACAAUGUGGAAAGACAUUCAGUCAGAAGUUUAGUCUUGCUGGACAUCAGAGAAUCCACAUAUCAGAAGUAUGAAUGAAGUUAGUGUAAGACAACAUUCUGGCAGCUCCAGUCUUUCUCAGCAUCAGAGAAUUCAAACUGGGAAGAAAACUUACAAAUGCAAGCAAUGUCAUAAGACAUUAAUAUGGAGCUCCACUCUUAGUCUACAUAAGAGAAAUGCAUUUUCACAUAGAACUUCCAACUUGCUCAAAGAUUAGGUGCAAAUGGACAUGAUUUAGAUAUAAAGUGUGAUACCUUAAAUAAAUUAAGGGAGCAUAUAAUACUUCACCUUUUAGGUCAAUUUAUUGGUCAGGGAAAACUUUAUACCCAAAUUAGAAGUAGAUAACACUAUAGUAUGUAAUGUACGUCAUUUUAAAUAUAUUAAAUUCAAAAUUGUUUGUUCAAAGAAAGCCAAUACAACCAAGGUUAAAAGGGGGAAGUAACAGUUAUAUAUAUAUUUUUUAAACUAUGUCCAAUUAAAUACCUAAUUUUUAAAUUAUUCUAAAUAUAGUCUCAAUUACUUUAGUCAUUUCAUGGCAAAUUAAGAGGACUUAAUUCAGUAAGGGAAUUACAUCAUUGCUCUAUAGAAAAUCAUUUCAAAACAAAAGUUAUUGUUUUGCCAAAAAUGCCUAUAAAGAAAAAAUGAGAAGAUAACAAGUGACAAUGUAUAUUUAAAAUAUGAAAAAAAAAUUGACAGCCAAAUCUUUUUUAUUCAGUUCAAUGCAUUAUCAAAUUAUUUGAUAGAAAUUUUUUGAUAGAAAAUCAUGCAUUUAUCAGUUUGACACUUUGGCCUGAUGGGACACAGAGACAAUUAUACUUAUUUUUACAAUUUAUAAACAUCACUUACAUAUCAAAUUCCAUGCCCACUUUUCAUGCUACCUAUACAAGGUCAAAUAUAAUCGUUCUGAUAGUAAAGCACAUGUGAAUUUAAGUGAUACUACAUUAUAAUUUAUUUUUAUAGUCCCAUCCAAUCUAGAUCCACAGUUUUAAAUAGUACCCUACAGAAUUUUCUCUCAAGAGACAUUUGCUAUCAGCUCCUCAAAUGAUAGGCACCUUUACUAUUAGUCUACAGCCCAGGCUUUAUGGCAGUCUUUCUGCUCAUAAGGAGGUUCUGAGUCUUUGAGAUGAAGGAGGAAAAGAGGCAGAUGGGCAAAGUGGAGUCCCAGAGAUGAGCAUGUUGGUGGAUUAGGUUUAGAAUUCGGCACAAAUUUAGGCUUAGGGUUUGAAAUCAUUACAAAUUUAGGGUUAGGGUCUCUCCUAGAAGGCAAAAUGCAUCCUCUAGCCAUGUUUCUGUCUCUCUUGCCCUUAUUUCUCAGGAGUCAACAGUAACUGUUGAAACCUGAACAGAGCCAAUCCUGAAGAUCCCAGAGGCUUCUUUCUAGGAUCUCAUCUCCCUAAAGUGAGGUGGUGUCCAAGAAUGUGACAAGUGGAGAAACCCUUCCUUACCAAUAUCAAACGGAAUGCUCCUAGGGCAUCGAAAUUCAAAACAAACAGCAGAAUAGACCCCGGGAACGCUCCUCCUGGACCUAGAUCAAAAGGUACGGCCCCCCCAAGAGUCAGAGCCCUAGAUUACUUGGAUCUAAGGGGAAGGCAAAGGGAAGGUCCCAGGAUCCAAUUCCCCCAACCCAGAAUGCUGAGUCCGAGCAGCAGGAGGCUUCCUGGAGCAGCAGGAACCUCAGGGCAGGCAGGGGGGCCUCGGGAGCCGGUUGUUCUGAGGGCCGCCCCCUGAAAACGACCUGAGCCACUCGCGGGAGCACCCAGACAGCAGGGAGGCAGAGAGAGACGGGGGGAGCCUGUAGCCCCCUGACCAGAUCCUUCCAUCUGGGUCUCACUGAAGGUCCCUGCCUCAGGGCAUACUCAGUCUAAGGUUAAUCCUAUAACCAGCCCUCAGAGCUCCAGGAAGCCACGGCACCUCCCUGCUCAGAAUGCAGGGUCAUCUGAAACAACAGUAACCCUCAGGGCUGGCAAAAGGGCCUCGGGAGCCAGCUAUUCUGAAGGCCACAUCCUGAAAACAACCUGACCCAGUCGAGGGGGCACCCAGACAGCAGGGAAAAAGAGAGAGCCGGGGGAGCCUGUAUCCCCCUGACCAGAUCCUUCCAUCUGAGUCUCACCUAAGGUCCCUGCCACAGGGCCUACUCAGUCUGAGGUUAAUCCUAUCACUAGCCCUUGGAGCUCUAAGAAGCUACGGCCCCUCCCCCUCAGAGUGCAGGCUCCUCUGGCCAGCAAAGGCACUGAAAUACAUCUGAGUGUCAAGCCAGGCGCAGAGCAUAGAAGUAAGGCAACAGAGAAGCAUCGGGAGGGAACUGAGGAGGGUAGUAACACAAACACCGAAACACCAGCAAUUCCGGGCUUCCUGGGGAAGACAGACAAUUUGCCUGGAGCUAAAGCCACUGAACACCAGACAGAUAACAGAAGAGCCAGCCCCCCUCACUCAGAUACAGAUGGCAAACAGCACAGAAGCAAAAAAGCCUCAAAACAACAAGAAAAACAAGAAGGGGGCAACUUUGGACACAUUUUAUGGAGCAAAAAUACAAAAGACAGAGGAGAUAGAAGAGGAAACACAAGCAAAUGCGCCGAAACCUUCCAAAGGAAAUGGAAACUCCACAAACUUUUGAAGAAUUUGAAUUGAAAAUGACCAAAAAGAUGGAAGCCUUCUGGCAGGAAAAGCGGGAAUUAAUGCAAAAGAAUUUCACACAACUACAAAACCAGUUUGACCAAACUGAAAAGGAAAACCAGGCUAUAAAGGUCAGAAUUGGGCAAAUGGAAGACAACGAGCAGGUAAAAGAGCAAGAAACAAUAAAGCAAAGCCAAAAGAUCAAGAAAUUAGACGAGAACAUGAAAUAUCUCAUUGACAAGGUGACAGACUUGGAAAAAAGAGGAAGAAGAGAUAAUUUAAGAAUAAUUGGACUACCAGAAAAUCCAGAAAUAAACACCAAACUCAAAAAUCAUAAUACAAGAUAUAAUCAAAGAAAAUUGCCCAGAGAUUCUAGAACAAGGGGGCAAUACAGCCACUGAAAGAGUUCACAGAACACCCUCUACACUAAAUCCCCAAAAGACAACUCCCAGGAAUAUAAUUGCCAAAUUCCAAAAGACUCAAACAAAAGAAAAAAUCCUGCAAGAAGCCAGAAAAAGACAAUUUAGAUAUAAAGGAAUGCCAAUCAGGGUCACACACGACCUUGCAAGUUCUACUCUGAAUGAUCAUAAGGCAUGGAACAUGAUUUUUAGAAAGGCAAGAGAGCUGGGUCUUCAACCAAGAAUCAGCUAUCCAGCAAAACUGACUAUAUACUUCUAAGGGAAAGUAUGGGCAUUCAACAAAAUAGAAGAUUUCCAACUUUUUGCAAAGAAAAGACCAGAGCUCUUUGGAAAGUUCGAUAUUGAAAAUGAAAGAGCAUGGAAUACCUGAAAAGGUAAAUAAGAUGGAAAGGGAAAAGGAGAAAACUGUUACUUUUUCAUUUAUUCAAACUCUCUUCUAUAAGAACUACAUUUAUAUCAAUCUAUAUAUAUUAAUAUAUGGAAAAUGUAAUGUGUAAAUGGGGGAAAAGAAGAAUCAAAUAGAAUAAUUUUUCUCACACAAAGAUUCACACGGGAAGGGGAGGGGAAUAAAACUCCUAUAAGAAGGAGAGGAAGAGAGUUUUUACUUAAGCCUUACUCUCAGGGAAAUCAACUCUGAGGAAAAAACAUCCAGAUCCAUUGGGAUCUUGAAUUCUAUCUUACCCAACAAGGGUGGGAAGAAGGGAAAACCAAGGUGGAUGGGGGGGAGGGAAAACAAAAGGGGAGGGAAGGAGAAGGGGGGGAGGGAACAAAAAGGGAAGGGCUAGAAAGGGAAACAUAUCAAGGGAGGGUUAAAGGGGGACUGAUUUAAAGUAAAUCACUGGAUUAAAAGGUUAGAGCUAAAGAAAAAAGGUUAGAAUUAGGGAAGGAUAUCAAAAUGCCAGAGAAUUCACAAGUCACAAUCAUAACUUUGAACGUGAAUGGGAUGAACUCACCCAUAAAACAUAGACGAAUCGCAGAAUGGGUUAGAAUCCAAAACCCUACCAUAUGUUGUCUUCAAGAAACACAUAUGAGGCGGGUAGACACCCACAAGGUCAGAAUUAAAGGAUGGAGUAAGACCUUCUGGGCCUCAACUGAAAGAAAGAAGGCAGGAGUUGCAAUCAUGAUAUCUGAUAAAGCCAAAGCAAAAAUAGACCUGAUUAAAAGGGAUAGGGAAGGUAAUUAUAUUUUGUUAAAAGGGACUUUAGAUAAUGAGGAAAUAUCACUAAUCAACAUGUAUGCACCAAAUAAUAUAGCACCCAAAUUUCUAAUGGAGAAAUUAGGAGAAUUAUAGGAGGAAAUAGACAGUAAAACAAUAUUAGUGGGAGAUUUGAACCAACCAUUAUCAAAUUUAGAUAAAUCAAAUCAAAAAAUAAAUAAGAAAGAGGUAAAAGAUGUGAAUGAAAUCUUAGAAAAAAUUAGAGUUAAUAGACAUAUGGAGAAAAAUUAAUAGGGACAAAAAGGAAUACACCUCAGCACCACAUGGCACAUUCACAAAGAUUGACCAUACACUAGGUCACAGAAACAUGGCAUACAAAUGCAGAAAAGCAGAAAUAAUAAAUGCAGCCUUUUCAGAUCACAAGGCAAUAAAAAUAACGAUCAGUAAUGGUACGUGGAAAACCAAAUCAAAAACUAAUUGGAAAUUAAACAAUAUGAUACUCCAAAAUCGUUUAGUUAGAGAAGAAAUCACAGAAGCAAUUAAUAAUUUCAUUAAGGAAAAUGACAAAGGUGAGACAUCCUUUCAAACCUUUUGGGACGCAGCCAAAGCAGUAAUCAGAGGUAAAUUCAUAUCCCUGAGUGCAUAUAUUAACAAACUAGGGAGAGCAGAAAUCAAUCAAUUGGAAAUGCAAAUAAAAAAACUCAAAAGCGAUCAAAUUAAAAACCCCCAGCAGAAAACCAAACUAGAAAUCCUAAAAAUUAAGGGAGAAAUUAAUAAAAUAGAAAGUGAUAGAACUAUUGAUUUAAUAAAUAAGACCAGAAGCUGGUACUUUGAAAAAAUAAACAAAAUAGACAAAGUACUGGUCAAUCUAAUCAAAAAAGGAAAGAAGAAAAGCAAAUUAACAGCAUCAAAGAUGAAAAGGGGGACAUAACCUCCAAUGAAGAGGAAAUCAAGGCAAUCAUUAAAGAUUAGUUUGCCCAAUUAUAUGGCAAUAAAUACAGCAAUUUAGGCGAUAUGGAUGAAUAUAUACAAAAACACAAACUGCCUAGACUAACAGAAGAAGAAAUAGAAUUCUUAAAUAAUCCCAUAUCAGAAAAUGAAAUCCAACAGGCCAUCAAAAGAACUCCCUAAAAAAAAUCCCCAGGGCCCGAUGGAUUCACAAGUGAAUUCUAUCAAACAUUCAGAGAACAGAUGCAGGGCUGGUUCAAUAUUAGGAAAACCAUCCACAUAAUCUACCAUAUCAACAAGCAAACCGACAAAAAUCACAUGGUUAUUUCAAUAGACGCAGAAAAAGCCUUUGAUAAAAUACAACUUUCAUUCCUAUUGAAAACACUAGAAAGCAUAGGAAUAGGAGGGUCGUUCCUAAAAAUAAUAAACAGUAUAUAUCUAAAACCAUCAGCAAAUACCAUCUGCAAUGGGGAUAAACUAGAUGCAUUCCCAAUAAGAUCAGGAGUGAAACAAGGAUGCCCAUUAUCACCUCUACUAUUUGACAUUGUACUAGAAACACUAGCAAUAGCAAUUAGAGAAGAAAAAGAAAUUGAAGACAUCAAAAUAGGCAAGGAGGAGACUAAGCUAUCGCUCUUUGCAGAAGACAUGAUGGUCUACCUAAUGAAUCCUAGAGAUUCAACCAAAAAGCUAAUUGAAAUAAUCAAUAAAUUUAUUAAAGUUGCAGGUUACAAAAUAAACCCUCAUAAGUCAUCAGCAUUUCUAUACAUCUCCAACAUAGUUCAGCAGCAAAAACUAGAAAGAAAUCCCAUUCAAAAUCACCUUAGACAAAAUAAAAUACUACCUAGGAAUCUAUCUCCGAAGACAAACACAGGAACUAUAUGAAUACAAUUACAAAACACUCUCCACACAACUAAAACUAGACUUGAGCAAUUGUAAAAACAUUAACUGCUCAUGGGUAGGACGAGCCAAUAUAGUAAAAAUGACCAUCCUACCCAAACUUAUCUAUUUAGUGCCAUACCCAUAGAACUUCCAAAAAAUUUCUUUACUGAUUUAGAAAAAACCAUAACAAAGUUAAUUUGGAAUAACAAAGGAUCAAGGAUAUCCAGGGAAAUAAUGAAAAAAAAAAAACACAAAGAAAGCGGGCCUUUCAGUCCCAGAUCUCAAACUAUAUUACAAAGCAGCAGUCAUCAAAACAAUUUGGUACUGGCUAAGAGACAGAAAGGAGGAUCAGUGGAAUAGACUUGGGGUAAGUGACCUCAGCAAGACAGUAUAUGACAAACCCAAAGAUCCCAGCUUUUGAGUAAAAAAUCCAUUAUUUCAUAUAAACUGCUGGGAAAACUGGAAGACAGUGUGGGAGAGAUUAGGAUUAGAUCAAUACCUCACACCCUACACCAAGAUAAAUUCAAAAUGGGUGACUGACAUGAACAUAAAGAAGGAAACUGUAAGUAAAUUAGGUAAACACAGAAUAGUAUAUAUGUCAGACCUUUGGGAAGGGAAAGACUUUAAUACCAAGCAAGACAUAGAAAGAGUCACAAAAUGUAAAAUAAAUAAUUUGGACUACAUCAAAUUAAAAAGUUUUUGUACAAACAAAACCAAUAUAACUAAAAUCAGAAGGAAAGCAACAAAUUGGGAAGCAAUCUUCAUAAAAACCUCUGAUAAAGGUUUAAUUACUCAAACUUACAAAGAGCUAAAAAAUCAAGCCAUUCUCCAGUUGAUAAAUGGGCAAGGGACAUGGAUAGGCAGUUCUCAGAUAAAGAAAUCAAAACUAUUAACAAGCACAUGAAGAAGUGUUCUACAUCUUGUAUAAUCAGAGAGAUGCAAAUCAAAACAACUCUGAGGUAUCACCUCACACCUAGCAGAUUGGCCAACAUGACAGCAAAGGAAAGUAAUAAAUGCUGGAGGGGGUGAGGCAAAGUAGGGACAUUAAUUCAUUGCUGGUGGAAUUGUGAACUGAUCGAACCAUUCUGGAGGGCAAUUUGGAACUAUGCCCAAAGGGCGAUAAAAGACUGUCUGCCCUUUGAUCUAUAGCACUGCUGGGUUUGUACCCCAAAGAGAUAAUAAGGAAAAAGCCUUGUACAAGAAUAUUCAUAGCAGUGCUCUUUGUGGUGGCCAAAAAUUGGAAAAUGAGUGGAUACCCUUCAAUUGGAGAAUGGCUGAGCAAAUUGUGGUAGAUGUUGGUGAUGGAAUACUAUUGUGCUCAAAGGAAUAAUAAAGUGGAGGAAUUCCAUGGAGACUGGAACAACCUCCCGGAAGUGAUGCAGAGUGAAAGGAGCAGAACCAGGAAAGCAUUGUACAGAGACAGAUACACUGUGGUACAAUCGAAGGUAAUGGACUCCUCCACUAGGGACAUGCAAUCUCUGAACAAUCUGCAGGGAUCUAAAAAACACUAUCCACAAACAGGAUAAACUGUAGGAGUAAAAACACCGAUGAAAAGCAACUGCUUGACCACAGGGGCUGAGAGGAAAUGACUGAGGAGAGACUCUAAAUGAACACUCUAGUGCAAAUACCAACAACAUGGAAAUGGGUUCGAACGAAGAGCACAUGUGAAACCCAGUGUAAUUGUGCGCCAGCUAUGGGAGAAGUGGGGGUAGGGGGGAGGAAAAGAUAAUGAUCAUUGUUUCUAAUGAAUAAUGUUUGUAAAUAACCAAAUAAAAUAAUGUUUAAAAAAUCAAAAAAGAAAAAGAAAAA